CAGACGCAGGGGCGUUUCCGGCGGAGGUGGUGGCUGCUCCUGUGUCUGUGGAGGUGGGCGUGAAGCCCCUCGGCGGUGUUUUGGCUUUAUCACCUUAGUGGCAGAGUGUUAUCAACAGCACUGAGCACAGAGCCUGACGUACUGGUUCUGCACGGAGCCUUCACAUCCGACACGAGGCAAUGGAUUGGCUAGGCAGUAUUGUGUCUAUCAACUGUGGAGAUAGCCUGGGCGUCUACCAGGGAAGAGUAUCAGCAGUGGAUCAGGUCAGCCAGACCAUUUCUCUUACUCGGCCCUUCCAUAAUGGGGUGAAGUGUCUUGUACCAGAAGUCACCUUCCGGGCAGGUGAUAUUACAGAAUUAAAAAUCUUGGAGAUACCAGGUCCUGGAGACAACCAGCAGUUUGGAGACCUUCAUCAGACAGAAUUAGGCCCUUCUGGUGUUGGGUACCAAAUGAGUAUCAAUCAGAAUGGAACAGGCAAGGUGGUCAAGAAGCCAGCCUCUUCCAGUAGUGCCCCUCAGAGCAUCCCUAAGAGGACAGAUAUGAAGAGCCAGGACGUUGCCAUUUCUCCUCAGCAGCAGCAGUGCUCAAAGAGUUAUGUGGACAGGCACAUGGAGUCUUUGAGUCAGUCCAAGAGCUUCCGUCGUCGGCACAACUCCUGGUCAUCUAGUAGCAGGCACCCAAACCAAGCAACCCCAAAGAAAAGUGGUUUAAAAAAUGGCCAAAUGAAGAAUAAAGAUGAUGAGUGCUUUGGAGACGACAUUGAGGAGAUCCCAGAUACUGAUUUUGACUUUGAGGGGAACCUAGCCCUUUUUGACAAGGCAGCUGUGUUUGAGGAGAUCGACACUUACGAGAGGAGAAGUGGUUCCCGUUCUCGGGGUGUCCCAAAUGAACGGCCCGCUAGGUACCGUCAUGAUGAAAACAUCCUGGAAUCGGAGCCAAUCGUGUACCGUAGGAUCACAGUUCCACACAGUGUGAGCAAGGAGUUCUGCACAGACUCUGGCCUGGUAGUCCCAAGUGUUUCCUAUGAGCUACAUAAAAAACUGUUGUCUGUGGCCGAGAAGCAUGGGCUGACCCUAGAGCGGAGACUUGAGAUGACUGGUGUGUGUGCCAGUCAGAUGGCCCUGACUCUCCUUGGAGGACCCAACAGGUUGAAUCCUAAGAAUGUCCACCAGAGGCCUACAGUAGCUCUGCUGUGCGGGCCCCAUGUGAAGGGGGCUCAGGGUAUCAGUUGUGGGAGGCACCUAGCCAACCAUGAUGUACAAGUCAUCCUCUUUCUGCCCAACUUUGUCAAGAUGCUGGAGUCUAUUACCAAUGAACUGUCUCUCUUCAGCAAGACCCAAGGUCAGCAAGUGUCCAGCCUAAGAGAUCUCCCCACCAGCCCUGUGGACCUGGUUAUCAACUGCCUGGAUUGUCCUGAGAAUGCCUUCCUGCGGGAUCAGCCCUGGUACAAGGCAGCUGUGGCCUGGGCCAACCAGAACCGGGCACCAGUGCUCAGCAUAGACCCUCCUGUACAUGAAGUUGAACAGGGCAUUGAUGCCAAAUGGUCCCUGGCCCUGGGCCUGCCGCUGCCGCUCGGGGAGCACGCAGGUCGAGUCUAUCUGUGUGACAUUGGCAUUCCCCAGCAAGUCUUCCAGGAGGUCGGCAUUGACUACCACUCACCCUUUGGCUGCAAGUUUGUCAUUCCCCUACACUCUGCCUAGAGGCUCUGGGCAGCUGGGCCUGUAUUCCCUGCACUUCCGCCGCCAGACCCACCAAGGGACGCCUUAAGGAUGUGAAGCUUUGUGGACCUUGUAGACUAUCUCUUGGGUUUAUUUCUUCUGUGAGAGAACAAAACAUACUUAAAACUUGCCUGCCACCUGCCCUUAACCAGGGAAUGCUUUCCCACUGGCAUGUAUGUCAGGGGUAGACCAGUGGCUCCAGGUAGCUUUCUAUCCUACCCUGCCUCCAUUCAAUUGGGGCUUUGUUUACAGACAUAGGCAGCUCUAAGACUGUUUCAGGUUUACAGCCACUGGACAUGGGCUGGCACAUUGUGGGGUGAGCUGUUAGGGCCUCCAGCCACUCUGAUUUCAGAAGGUUUUGUGUUCUAUGCUUCCUCUGGCCCUGCAACCAGGCACACACUCUUCUGUAAUCAUGUGAUCAGGCUGCAUGGCAGCUAUCCAGAAGACAAACCUGUGCUGUCUCUGCUUCCCCCCCCAAAGCCACCAGAGUUUGUUUGGAAAACUUUGGACCCUCCUCAGAUGUCCCAGUUUUAUGUAGGGACUUUUCCUGAAGAUGAUGAUGACCAUGGUGAGAUUUUGGGCUGGCUGCUCUGCUGUCACCUUUAGCAGUUUUGUGCCCGUCAUGCUAUAAUGCCCAUCUCCUAGUUGGGAACCAGACCUUCAGGAUGCAGCUUUUCAGUAUUGGGGAGACCCUGGGGGAGCUUGGUGCUGAGCCAUAGGAGGCUCCCUGGUGCUUCAGUCCUACCAUCAGUUCCUACCUCCUUGUCCAUGAAUAACACUCCGUCUGCCCCUUCUCCCUGUCUCUCGCCGCCCCCCCCCCAUCCCCUGCCACGGUUCCACUCCAGUUCUUAUGUUUAGGCUUUAAUCCUUUAUAGUUGCCCUCCCCAGGUAUGCAGACUAGUAUGGGACUACUGGCCUGUCUCAAACAUGCCAAAAACAAACCGUUCCAGAUGGCCAUAGUGGUGGGAUUCAGCCACAGGAACAUGUUCAGAUCGAGGAUCUUCCUGGGCUUAGGUCCUUCAGGUUAGUAGGAUAGGACCAUGCCUUGGAGCCUUAGCAGAGACCUUUGUAAAGUUUUUCCCCACAGGCUUUCUGCUGUGCCCAUCAAUAGUUGAGGGGGUAUAGGUGGACAGGCAGAUGGGCUCACUAAAAUGUUUGGGUACAUGGGUAAACCCUGGUACCUUAAUUUCAGGCUGCUGUCUUGUAGGAACAUGGCCAGAACAGAUGGUGAUAGCUUUUCCUUUCCUAUCUUUUUCUCUUUAGUUAUUUCCAACUGCAAGAAAGAGGCCAAAGGAUUGGGGGCCUCAGCUGCACGACAGGACUUUGUAGCUUUCAAACUGGGCCUCUUUUCUAAAGGCAGGGUUAUAGCAGGCAGCCGGUAUAGGUUACUAGACAUAGGCUACUAGACACGCAUAAAAUGAGGUAGAACUCUGGUCCUGAAGGUGGCUAACAGGUAGUUCUCCCUGCUCUUGGCCUGGACCUCCCUAGAGUUGAAAGUGUGUUACUCCUUCCUCCAACUCUUUUUGGCAGUUCCUGCUCAAUGGCUGGUUUCAGUCAGGUGGUCAACCCUGUCACUAAUGCAUGCAGCUCUUGGGGAACCCAAAGCCAGCACAAUAAAGUGACAGUAACCUGUGCUAUCUAAA